CAUCCAUAUAUUUUAGCUAAUAAAUAGAUAUAGAUAUAAAUUAAAAAUUUUGUGCAAAGUUUUAGCUUCUUGAAGUAGUUUAUAAAAAAACGGAUAGAACUUGAAAAGAAAACUUCAUUUUUUACAUCCAUCUUUUGAUCUUAGUUCUUAUCCUCACCAAAAAAAAAAAGAAAAAGGGUAAUACAAAAUGGAUCGGGUCUUUUCAGUGGGUGACAUUUCUGACCAAUUUUGGUCAUCGCCGCCACCGCCACCACCAUCACAACCACCCGGUGGUGAUUCAAAGAUGAAUAGAAGUGCUUCUGAAUGGGCGUUUGAGAGGUUUCUUCAAGAAGCUUCCCCAAUAUCUGAUACUUCUUCUUCUAAAUCCCUUGCUGAAAAUGAUGUUGUUGAGAUCAGGGAUUCUCUCCAUCAAUCUAAUAAUGAUAUUACCAGUAAAAUGCCGGCGUUUAAUCAUCAAGGGUCGAGUUCUUUUCCUGUUGAUUCUGAUGAGUAUCACGCUAUUCUUAAAAGUAAACUCGAUUUAGCUUGUGCUGCUGUUGCUAUGACUAGGGCACCUUUUGUUAUAAAUCAAAAUCAGAGUUCUGCUGGUGUAGCGGAAAGUGCAACACAGGGUUCAGUGGAAUCUAAAGUAGCUUCCCAUCUUCCAAGCAAAGGGUCCCAAGAUAAGGAUGCAAAGCCUGUUGGAAUUCCUUCCCUUCCUGCUAUGCCCAAGAAGCCUCUUACUCAGGAAAAGCAGGCCAUGAGUUAUUCAUCAGGUCAGUCAGAUGAUGAUGAUUUGGAGGGUGAAAAUGAAACGACCGAUCCUGCUGACGUAAAGCGUGUAAGGAGAAUGCUUUCUAAUAGAGAGUCGGCUCGACGCUCGAGGAGGAGAAAGCAGGCACAUUUGACUGAACUUGAGACACAGGUGUCUCAGCUGAGAGUUGAAAAUUCUUCAUUACUGAAGCGUCUUACUGACAUCAGCCAGAAAUUCAAUGACGCUGCUGUGGACAAUAGGGUUUUAAAAGCUGAUGUUGAAACUUUAAGGGCAAAGGUCAAAAUGGCGGAAGAGACUGUGAAGAGAAUUACAGGCAUGAACCCUUUGCUGCAGGCAAUGUCCGAAAUCUCUACUAUGGGCAUGGCACCGUUUGGUGGGAGCCCAUCUUCUGACUCUGCAGAUGCUGCUGUUCCCGUGCAAGAUGAUCCAAAACAGCCUCAUUUUUAUCCGCCCAUUGAUAAUCCUCUUCCUGGUCCCAACCCAAGAGUCGAUAAUGGUGUCAAUGACGUUAUUUCUUCUCUUGACCACCAUGUAUUGCAAAAUUCAGCACCACAAGUACUGGGUGGCAGCAAAAUCGGAAGAACUGCAUCCAUGCAAAGAGUAGCCAGCUUAGAGCACCUCCAGAAACGAAUUCGUGGGGGAAUGAAUCAAGGAAGCCCGCAACAUGGCCAUGGUGGUCCGGAUCAGUAAUCACCCGAGACAUUAAUCCUUGUAUGAAUUUGUUCAGAUCCAUUGUGAAUCUGCCAUUGUUAUGUAAAGUUAUUUCAUCCCUUCAUUGCUCAUUGGAUCCACAAGGCACUAUGCCUUUAAUUUGCCAAAUAGCGUCCGUGCUAUGGUGCUAUGGCAUUGUCUUGUCGUCUAACCUGGUUUUAUCUAAUGAAUAGCAUUUACCUGCGGAAAGAAAUGCCCUAUAUAGCUCUCCUAUCUCGAAGGUGUACAUUUAGUUCGAGCUCAUGAAACGACACGUACCAACUACCAAGUCACAAGGCAUGAUUUAAUUUACCCUUUAAUACUUUCAAAUGCUUGAUGGGCAAUAUAAGAGCACAUAAUGAGCUCAUUUGCAGCCAACUAUGCUUAUUAAGAAUAUUCCGCAACUUGGUGAUAUCGAAACAUUAAUGUUUUGUAACUUUUUUUUGAAGUAUGUAGUAAGCUGAGGGAAGGGGAGAUGGUAAGAAUCAAAGUUAGGACUUUGCCUAAAAAAAGUAGUAUAUGCUCCAAUUCGAUUUUUAAGAAAUAUUAAUGGCGUAAAAAAUAUUAGGUAUAAAUAAAAUUUAA